AUGGAAAACUAAAGAGAAGCUCAAGUAAAUAUUCUAACUGAUCGCAUGAAAUUCAUAUAAAAUGAAGAGGUUUAGCAGCUAAAUAAAAAUGAUUUGAGAUACACUUAGUCAUAUGAUACAGAAAAUGAUGCGAUAAUAGAUACAAAUAAAUUAGAAACAUAACAAAAUUAAGACUCUUAGGUUAACAACGAAACAAAAUUUAAGGAUACAGCAGAGUUUUAAUACAGCGAAGAUAAAAAUGCGAGCGAAACUACUCCAUAAUCAUCUGGUUAAAAUGAUUUAUAAUCAUUGAUGAUACAAUCUUCAUACUUAGAAAGGAAAUUUAUGAAAGAUUACAUUAAGUAGGAGUAGUACUAAAAUAAUUUUGUUAAAAGUUAAUCUUUAUUUUCACAUUCUCAUGAAAGAAAGUAAAUAAUCGAAAGAGAGGACAGCCUGAAACCAAAUGGAAGCUCUCAUAAGUAGAUACAUUUUACCAAUUAGAAAGACGUUAGGAGAGGAACUAAGCAUUUUAGCUAUAAAGAUGGUUAAACUCUAAAAAAAUAACAAUUGAUACAAAAAAUAAAGAAGAGAAUGAUUAAUUUUUAUUAAAAUUUCACGAAUGUAGGUAAGAAAAUUUACCUUGAAAAGAGGAGUGUGCAUACUACUUUGAAUGAUAAAAGCGAUGGCUACUUUGAAAACUAGCAGAAAAUAACCAUGUUGCAGUAAACUCUCAUAUUCGUGAAGCUAAUAAUGAAUAUAUUUGAUUCUUUUUUGUUGAGUAAAAUUCCUGUAAUAAGUGCUUAAAGUAGAAUAAACAUGCUCAUAAAAUUUGUAUUAAUUGUAUACAAUGCAUUAUUCUUUUUAUUACUGUCUAUAAUGAUUGUUUUCUAAAAUAUGCUCACUCAGCAAGACUUAACGUUUUAUAAAGCUACCUUGAUCAUAUGGACAUUUGAAAUCCUGAUUAGACUUAAUACAACAAUAUAUAAAGAUUCGAACAUACUAACGAACAGAAAGGACAUUUUUUUUAGUUACUUUCCUAAAAAGUUUAUCUGUGACUUUAUUUCUUUCUUAGUAAUUAUUAUUCUACUGCUCCAAGAUUAAACAGAAAAGAUGCUUACCACGAGAACUAUUACAUAAAUUAUUUGCUUCGCAAAGGUUUUAAUUUUAAAUCAGGAUAUUGAGGAAUUUUAAAAAAGACUUUGCAUGAUGCUGAGAAGAUACUACUUAAUUAAAUUAUCAAACUUGAUAAUUAAGUUAUUUAUUCUUGCUCAUACUAUAGCUUGUGGCUGGUUUAUCAUAGCAACAAUUGAGAUUAAUUGGCUAGGAGAAGAAACAACAUGGUACACGGAAAGUGUGGCAGCUGAUGGAACGUGGUGGAAAGUCUAUAUUUUAUCCAUGUACUGGGCUUUAACUCUAAUGACAACAGGAUCAAAUGAGGCUAAGACAAUAUUACAGGUGUCUUUUACAUCUUUUAUAAUGCUUUUUACAACAAUAAUAAUAGGUUAUUUGCUCAACGCAACUGGAGCAAUAUUAGAAGAAAUAGAUGCUAGUGAAGAAAACAAGUAAAAUGAUCUAAACAUAAUAAACGAAUAUAUGAGAGAAAAGAAUAUAUCUAUCAACCUGUAAGGCAGAGUAAAUAUCUAUUUGGAGUAUUACUACCAAAAGAACUACUAAAAGCAGACUGAUGAAGCUAAAAGUGUGCUUUCAAAAAUUUCUACAGAGCUCCGCAAUCUUUUGUAGAAAGAGUACUUUUAAUAAAUAUUAUCUAGGAUUGAUUUCUUACAUAGGAAUUUCUCUGUUUAAACUUUAGCAAAUCUUUCAAUCAUGUGUGAAGAAAUUGUGUAUUAUCCAAACCAAAUCAUUUUUGAAGAAAAUGAUUUCAAAGAUGCUGCUUUGUUGGUUAUCAUAGAAGGUCAAGUAGAGAUUUAUCAGUAGGUAGGAUCAAGUAAAAAAGAUUAAAAAACUAUUUGCUUUUUAGGUUAAGGCUAAAUUAUAGGGUAGAUUAAUUUCUUUACAGGCAUGGUAAGAACAGCGUCAGCUCGUUCAAGAGGAUUCACAAAAUUAGCAAAAAUAAGCAGAGAUAAUUUUUUGGCAGUAGUAAACGAGAAUGAAAAAGAUGUGCAAACAUUUUAUUAGAUGAAAGACAAUAUCUUGCUAUAUGAAAAUUAUGAGGAGAUGAAUAUUAGAUGCUCAGCCUGCUCAAGCUAUAAGCAUCUGCAAGGAAACUGUCCUCUUGUUCAUCUGAGUAAACAAAAUGUAAUGGAAAAAGUUAGAAUCUUAAAUAUCAUGAAAUAAGAUAGAAAGUAGAUUAAGAGACAUGCAAUUUAAAAAAAAAAUGCCUUAAAAAAUAUAGGGUUGACUUAAGCUAAAACAGCCGAAUAUUAGGAUAUUUAGCUUGGAAGUGGUAAUUCUUAAUAUAAAUUUAUGAGAGAAUUGGAUGAUGAAGAUGAUGAUGACGGUGAUGAAGAUGAAGAUGAUGGUGUGGAACCAGAACCUGAAGAGGGAGAAGAAGAAAAAAGUUUUAACGAAAAUAAUGAUAUAGAAGAAGAAUCUUCAUGCGAAAUUAGUUCAAGUGAGCAAUAAGUUAAAAAAAAUCUUGUAUAAAGUAAAAAUAGUAACAUAGAAUCAAAAUCAGAUAUGCAAAAAAAUGGAAAGAAUUAAAGCAGAAAAAGUAAUUCGAGUAAUAAAGAUGAUUAAAUCCAAAACAAUCAGGUAGAGAUUUUGAACCCAUAAAUGUUUUCAAUAGCUGAAUAAAAUCGAAAGAAAUCUUUAAAAAUUUAAUCUUAGUCUAAAUUAUUUUUAAACAACUAUGUUGACCAAGAUCAAAAUGGCAACUCUUGCAGUGCUAAAAAAAAAAAAGGGAGCUUAGCAAUAACUCAAAGCUCUGAGAUGUAUCCUGGCCGUAAAAAAAGUAAAGAUUAAAAUAAUUCUAAAGUCCUUGUAGGUAAUAGAAAAGAGAGCUUGUUGAAUAAUAAUAUGCCUACUUUAGGUUAGUUUGACAGUGACAGUUCCGAUGAAAAGUAACAGAAAAAGAAGUACUGCCAAAGUAUGCUAUAUGAUAAAAAGAAAAAAAAUAAUUAAAGCAGGCAAUUGAAAUUUGAUAAAAUUUAGAAAUAAAUCAGCUAAUAGCAAUUAAAUUCAAAAUUACUAAUUCCCUCACAGUCUUCAUAAAAAAAUAUUGAGAAAAAAGAGCAAGAAGACAUUCAAGAAGAGAAAGAGAGAGUGCUAUGGCAACUUGAUAAGUAGAAAGAUUAUGAUUACUACUUUAACCAUGGCAAUAUGAAAAUAAGAAUUAGCCAGUUUAACUUUUAUUUGCAUUCUAAAUAAUAAAAAUAUCUUAUGAAAUUAAUUUAAAAUACACUAUUGGUUAGAAAAAAAUAGCAUAGAAUAUCUACUCAGCUUAAAUUUAAAAAAAAUCACAUGAAGACUUAAAUAGUUAAGCUUAAUGUUAAUCAUAAAAAUUGA